AAUCAUGAUCAAUUGCGCUAUUCCUUGCUGAAAUUUCCCUAUGACAUUGUUUCUUUUCUAUUGCCAGUGUGGGCGAUCCUAUAUGUAUUUCGAACAACAAGGAAACCUAAUAUAUACAAUGACGAUUCUACAGAGUCAAUUUAUGCAUCACGAGGGUCAUCAAUUGGAUCAAUUGCCGAUGUUGUGGUGGUUAGGAACUGGCGUCGACGUUAUCGUCCGCUCACACAGCCAUCGCAACAUGAUCGUCCAAUUCUACCAGGACGUAGACCAAAGCAGCCCGCAGCAAGUGCUGCUGGACGGCUUCGAGGAGUGAGCUCUGCGCCGAUUAUAGUAGCUGGACGACGGCUGUCGACUUCGCGCAGUUUAGUGAGCAGUCCAUUGUAUUCAAUACCGGAAGAACUUACAAACAAUGAUCAUCAUGGUGCUGCUGCUGUGGUCGGUUCAAUUGAUAGGUUAUCGAUGGCUCCGCUCGUAGAUGAGCAACAGGAAGGUGAUGUGAUGUAG